AACACAUGUGCUGCUCUCUCUUAAACACUGCAGGCUUCAGACUCAGCACCGUAGAGACAAAGACCAGGAAUGUUUCACUCGUUUUAACGAGCUAAACAGAAGUGCUGAUAGUGAUCUGUACGUAGAAGUUCUGCGUUAGAAUGACCUGUUCCUGGUUUUGCUGAAAGGAAAGACUCAGUGGUUUCGUCACUUGUCUUGCAGGGGUUCAAAGUGUGAGCGUUUUAGGACAGGACAUUGUGUAGUGCAGUGUGUGUGUGAGAGCGGUUGACGUAUCUCAUACUCACACACACAGAGGAAAAGGCUCUGAGCCUUGUGUGAUCGACAUGGUCUCAGUUCAGUUAUCGUGUUUUCUUCCAGUUUUUCUUCUAUUUUCUGCUGCAGCCACAGGUGCAGAGAAAGUUAUUACAGCGUCCAGAGGAGAGACUGUCCUUCUGCCGUGCCCAUCACUGUUUGAUUACAGAGACAGUGUUAGUGUUGAUUGGCAAAAGGAUGGAGAGUCAGGUUUCUGUAAAUAUCGUAUGAGUAAAAAUAAGACUAGUGACCCUGACUGUAAAUCCCGGUUCAAAGUAAAUACAGACCCAAUCGGUCUGAUUAUAACAGACGUUACAAGCAGUGAUGCUGGUGUUUAUAACUGUUCAAUGACCAGGGUGAUCCCCCCACCAGCAGUGGAUGACUUUUCUGUCCUGAUUCUUCAAGUUAAUGUUCCAGCAGGUCUUACUGUGCAGCAGGUGAACAUCAGUGACCAGAGCUGUGUGAAGCUGCUCUGUUCUCUGGAGGGUUUGAGUCCACAGCAGGUCAGCUUCACCUGGACCAGAGAAUCUGAGCAGCCUCUUCACCAGAACAACCCCAUCAACAUGAGCAGCACACUGACACUCUGCAAGCCUCACUGGGAAGACGGAGACACGUUCACCUGCCAGGCCAGCUACUCCAGCAACCACACACUCUACAGCAAGAACAUCACAAUCAAAAGCAGCAAGAAGGGGGGUACAGAGAUAUUCUGGCUGCUGAUUGGCUCAGCUAUUGGUGCAUGUGUGGGGCUGCUCUUCAUCAUCCUCCUCUGUGUGGUCAUCUGUAAAUGUAAGAAGAAAGAAGAUACUUCUGACUCAAUCGUCUUCAGCAAUAAAGUUUAUGAAAACCUAAAUUUCUUCACAUCCGGAUCUACUGCUCAGCCCUGCGCUGGAUCAAAUACCAGGACUAAUCCCAGGCCUGACCCACAGGGUGCAAGUCAGCCUCAGAGAGAAGAGUGCAUCUAUGAGAACUAAUUAUUAUUAUAAACUGCUAUUAUUCUAAAACUAGGGCUCCACUGUUUGUGUAUGUUUUGUUUAUGACUAGUCACUUUAUAUUCUUUCAACACACCAUGACACUAUCAGAGUUCCCUUAACUGUGCUGUGCCCCUGCGUGCUGUGCCAAAUUGUAGUUUGUUAAACUAUGCCCCAGUUGCCAUCUCUGAGAAGUGGUUUGGUUUUGUUACU